AUGGCUUUAAUACCACCAAUGGACUCUCUAAACAACAUUUUCUUCGACGAAGAGGCAGCACUCAAAUUUCUCCAAGACGAGAAAAUAAUUAGAAAGGAAAUAGAAUGUUCUGCAUGCGGAAGCUCAACUACUUUUCGAAGAGCGAAACUUCUCUUCAGAUGCACGAAAAAAAGUUGCAGAAAAAGCAUAAGUGCCAAGAACGAAACGUUUUUCGCUGGCCAGUGCCUUUCGCUUGGCGAGAUUCUUCACAUGGCUUACCUAUGGUUGUGGAAGAAUCCAGUAAACUCCAUAAAAGGCGGUGUGGAAAAAACGGCAGAAAGACGCGUUUUUGCUGUUCCUGUUGAAAAACGAGACAGUGAAACGCUUCUUGAAGUCAUUAAGAAGCACGUCAAACCUGGCUCUAUCAUUCACACCGAUUUUUGGCAAGGUUACGAAAGAAUUGAGGAUAUUUUGAGAUUCAAGCACUAUACGGUAAACCAUGGUGUUAAUUUUAAAGAUCCGGAAACUGGCGUCCACACGAACACUAUAGAAGGAACGUGGAAUGGCUUCAAACUACUAAUUCCGGCAUGA